GAGAAAGCGAAAGAUAAGACACAGUUCCAGAAGGCAGACAAAUCCUCAGAAAGCAACGGCAUCACGAUGGUUCUCUGUGACAGCGAUCUAGACUCCGCCGGUAUCUUGCAGAAGUGGAGCAAGCUGCGCCGUCGCUGCGCCUCGUUCAAAUCAGUCUCCGGUCCGGCAUCGCUCGACUCGGACACCAACUUCAUCUUGGCCGAGCACCCGGGCCACUACCAGAUCAUCAGCACGGCCACCGGCUCGCCGAUCCAGCAGCCGCGAUCCGCCGCCGCCGCUCAGCACCACCACCAGCCGUCAGUGAAGCUGCUGCACCACCACCACCACCAUCAUCAUCAACCGCAGCAUCAUCUGCUGCAUCAGGCGCAGCAACGUCAGCACUAUCUGGCCCAUCAGCAUCAUCACCGAGUGCAUCAUCAGCAACACCAGCUUCACCACCAUCCACUGGUGGACUAUCCGCUUCCUGGGAGCCACCAUCACCACCAACACCAUCCGCUGCUGGAGUCUACGGCCGGCCGGGGAGGGUACGACCAGAAAAACUGGGAACUGCGCCACUCGAGCUCGGGCGGCUCGUCCGCUAGCGCUUCGUCCGGUUCGACGGCGGCAGCCGCUACUACCGACGAGUACUGGCAGCACCCGCUCCAUCACCCGCAGCACCACCACCACCAGUUCGUGGAGCCGAGCGAUGUGAAGUUGUGGCGUCUCGGAGCCCACCAGACGUACGCCCAUCGGAUACAUCCGGCGCAGCAGCGACGCAGUGCCCACAGCAUCGACUGGGAGUACAACGUGCAGCGGUACGAGAACAUGUGUGACAAGUUGGCCCAGGUGGCGCCGGCGGUUCCGCUGGCACCGCCGGUAACGGCGGCCCGGAUCUUCCGCACCGAGAAGCUCCAGUACUACGACGAACUGGCCGACACCGCGGGCCGGCAGAAAGGCGACGGAGGUGCUGGUGGUGACGCUGGUGCUGCGAUCAAGGUGGCCAAAGAGAUCAAACUACCCAGUCUGAAGACGUUCAAGUCGGCCUCGAUGCGGCUGCCAGGCCAGAAGUCCUCGAUCCACGAGGUCCAGCAACUACUCCGGAGCAAGUUUAACCGGAUCCACGCCGGUCUGCGCAAACGGCGUGCCCUGUCGGUCCAAGAAGUGUUUCAGGUGCCGCCGGUUACGCCAGUACCGCCACAACCCGGAGCGGACGUAACUCCGAGCAGCAAACCGACGUUCUACGUCCCAUCGCCACUGGUCACCGAGCGGAGUCCUCAUGGAGCGUUUACGCCACGAAGCCGUCGCUACAACGAAGACGACGAAGAUGAAGGUGAUGAUCCGGCGGAUGGAGUUUCUCGGUAUGAACUGCUGGAUGGCGGGAUGGCCGGCGAUGAGCUACUGCCGGGUGAGGACGAUGGUCCGGUCAGCUUGCCGUACAUCAGCGAGAGCGCCACAAUGUUGCCCCCCGAGCCCGAGGUGCCGACCCCGCCGACCACUGCAACCCCGAAGGUGCACCUGCGUUCAGCCGAGCACAGUCCCAGUCCGCGGAAGGAACGCACCAAAACCUGGUACCGCAGUAUCGACUUUAACGGGGCGCUCCAGAAGCUGGACCUGCAGCGCCACUCGCUCGAUAUCGCCGGUAAAGGCACACCAAAGAAGAUGGCGGGACCAGUGGACCAGAGGACCAGCUCACCGAGCCCGUCCGUGACAUCCAAGACUCAGGAAAAGCCCCAGUUCUCGAUCGGGGGGCGCGUCAGUUUGCGGGAGCGCGUCGAAAACAUGAACCUCAGCCGGUUGCGACCCUCGAAGCCGAGCGCCCCGACGAACGACGGUGCCGGAAGUCCAACACCGGUGGCGACGGCCAAGAAGACAGUCAAGAAGCUAACGGACAUUCGAAAGAUACGGCCCCGCAGUCAUUCGCCGCUCAAGAAUAUCAAGAUUAACCUGUCGCCGGUCAAGAAGGGACCGCCGACACCGGCGACGUUACCACCGGCCGGAGGUGGCGAACCUUCGGCGAAGGCAUCGAAACGCGAAUCGACAGCGGGCGGUGGCCUGUUUGGGCGACUCAACCGGAUGAUGCACCAGCACGGCCUGGGGAACUCCGACAAAGUUGCGCAAGUCCGGAAACCGAACGGGAAAGCGACGCCACCCGCCUCUGGUGGUGGUGGUCCCAAAACGGGCACCGAUGGGACGUGCGGUGGCGGUCCAACCACUGAUAAGGCGGCCAACGGGCACCAGCUCAGUGCUGUCGGUGGGAAUGUUAGUAAACAGUCGACGAUACAGAAGCUCACGCAGCUCAGCAGUUGCAGUCGGCGGGAGCAGCAGCAGCAGUUGCAGCAGUUGCAGCAGUCCAAAGCGGAAACGCACGACGAGCUACGUGACCGGAAAUCCAAACAGAUUUCUGAAGCGCCUACGAGCAUCAACUUUGCGUUGCGUGGCGGCCCGCUCAAAGCCAGCAACGGUAAUGGUAUCAUUUCCUUCGCCAACGGUCGUGCGCACGGGACCCCUACCGAAGAGGACGACGAGGACGAGGAGGACAGCAUCGAGGAGAGCAAAUUCUGUACGCUGCCACGUCACGGUCCGAAUGCAUUUACCAUCCGGCAGGCUCGCUUUUCGAAAGGUAACGGAGCAAAAGCGCUUGGUUUUUCCAUUGUCGGCGGUAAGGACUCGCCCAAGGGAUCGAUGGGCAUCUACGUGAAGACGAUCUACCCGAACGGCCAGGCCGCGGAGAAGGGCACGCUGCACGCCGGCGACGAGAUACUGUCGGUGAACGGGAAAGCAUUCCAGGGCCUCUCGCACCAGGAGGCGAUCAAUGUGUUCAAGGGCAUCAAAACGGGCGACGUGGUCAUACUGAUCGGUCGGCGCAACAAUCGGCGCAAGCUCGAAACUCCCUCACCGACCGAUUCCGGCACCGGUACUGCGACAUCCUCGACCGGUUCACCAACCAACACGAUAACAUGCAACGACGACUGAUGACGGUCAUCGAAUGCAGGAUCAGGAGGAAAACAUGAUCAUUAUGCAAUUAGAAUUGUAAACCUACAGAUGCGCUUCGGUGCGCAAGAAGUGGUGCAGCUGAACACUAACCCAAAGGAAAAAGAUAGAGAGAGAUAGAGAGAGAGCAACCCCUAAAACCCA